AUCUGCGUGCGAGCCCCCGCCCGGGACACGCGGGGAGCGCGGCUCCACUGGUGGCGGCGCAGCCCGUCCUCUUGGGCAGCCUCCGGAGCCGGGCCCUGCUCCUUCUCCCAAGUCUGGUCCGGGCUCUCUGUGGCUUCAGGGGCAGCAGCGAAGAAGGAAGAACGGUCUUCUCGGCUGUGGAUGUUCCGUCCGGGAAAGACAGCAAGUUGUGUGUGCGCCCCGGCGCGGGGAGAAGGUGGCCUCCGCCCGCCAGCCAUGGAUCAUCACCCUUACUACGGCGGACCGGAAGUUGAGGCCCAGUGAGGCUGAAGAUCCAUUCUGUUCAUAGACACUCCCCAUUACGGAACUGUGGAUUACUUGUGGUCCCAACACCUGGUGGUUUCACACCUUCACUUACUCUUGCAGCCCCAGAGCAGUUACUUUGGGUCCUCAUUGCCCCAUCUGGAGAAAGAUGGCAUCCAGCCUGACGUGUGCUGGCGUGAUCUGGGCUUUGCUCUCGUUUGUUUGUGCUGCUACCUCCUGCGUGGGGUUCUUUAUGCCUUACUGGCUCUGGGGAUCCCAGCUGGGCAAGCCUGUGUCCUUCGGUACUUUCCGGAGGUGCUCAUAUCCUGUGCAUGAUGAGAGCCGGCAGAUGAUGGUGAUGGUGGAAGAAUGUGGGCGCUAUGCCUCUUUCCAGGGCAUCCCCAGUGCAGAAUGGAGGAUCUGUACCAUCGUGACAGGCCUAGGUUGUGGCCUCCUCCUCCUGGUGGCUCUCACUGCUCUCAUGGGUUGCUGUGUGUCGGAGCUCAUCUCCAGAACAGUGGGAAGAGUGGCUGGAGGAAUUCAGUUUCUGGGGGGCUUGUUGAUCGGUGCUGGCUGCGCCCUCUACCCCUUGGGCUGGGACAGUGAGGAAGUUCGGCAGACUUGUGGCUACAUUUCUGGCCAGUUUGACCUGGGUAAGUGUGAAAUCGGCUGGGCCUACUACUGCACAGGAGCAGGUGCUGCUGCUGCCAUACUUCUGUGCACAUGGCUGGCUUGCUUCUCUGGCAAGAAGCAGAAGCAGUACCCAUACUAAGAUGGAGCCACCAAGAAUAAAGAGAGGAGAAGAUGGGCUGAAGGGGCUUGGAGGUACUAAAAAAUCCAGCUACUUUCAAAAGGUGGAAUAGUGGUUCUAAUUAGUACAAUGCUGAUGAAAUAAAAUCCAAUGGAAUCAGAAACAUUAUAUACUGUGGAAGGGUUGUACAAGAUUUACAAAAGAAAUGUGCACUUAGAAUGAUAGGGAAAAAAUGGACCAAAGGCUAAAAAUAUUGAGGGGGUAUUAGUUGUUUCUAUUCCAUAGAGUAUUAUUAAUGUAGAACAUAUAUGCAGGCAAAACAAAUCUAUAUAUGCACACAAGGGUUUUAGAUUUUUUAAAGAUAAGGACUCAGAUAAUCAAAAGGGCUAGUAGAAACAGUAUUAUGUUGAGAAGUCGGGUAACCUGCAGAUGUUCCCUGUAGGUCAUGGUGCUUCUGAAAGCACACAAGCACAUAGAGACAUACACAUUCACACACAUGCCCAUGCACAAACAUAUAAAAUUGUCACAAAUACUGUACAGAGGUUUAGGUAUGCAUUACUCCUCUGUUUUUAAUAUACAUUUAAAAUACUGUAUUGUCACUUUAUAAAGCAUACAUUAAACCUAAUAAAUGUACCAAUAAGCCACUCUAUCAGUAUUUUGUAUAGUCUGCAUAAACUCUUUAUGCCCUCAAUCUGUUGUCAGUGUUUAUGCAGACCUUUACAGUUAAGCCUUUGUGUUUCAAUAUUAUUCAAAACAUGCUACAUUUCUCUGAGUAGCUUCUGCUAUGAUAUACUUAUGAAGUAAAGGGGAAUAUUUCUAUCCUUUUUUCAGGCAUUAGAUCUUAUUUCUUUUGUCUGUUAUUAUACUGUGCUGUAUCACAUUUAUUUCAAUAUUCACUUUGUGAAAAAAAAACAACAAAAAAUGCUAUUUUGUUUGUAUUCGAAAAACUCUGUGAAUAAACUCUCUCUUUAAUCAAUAA